AGUCUCCAGGGCAGAGGAGAGGGAGCUGGAGCCCAGCCGGGAACUUUGCUGGAGAGACUGCGGCUGGAGGAGGAUUGAAGACCUCACAACUCGGACCCACGGACUCACCGCUGAGCCCCUUCUCUUAUCCAGGCGGUCGCUCCGGCUCACCUCUGAUGGGCGGGCAGGUGAGCGCGUCGGGCAGCUUCCCAAGCCUGCCCUGCACCAGGAACCCAAAUGCAGACUGGAUGUCGGCGCUGUGCCCCCGGCUCUGGGACAUGCCCCUGCACCACCUGUCCAUCCCAGGCAGCCACGACACCAUGACCUACGGCCUGAACCGGAAAUCCCCCAUUUCCCACACCCAGUCCCGGCUGCUGCUGCUGCUGGCCAAGGUCCUGCCGUGUAUUACCCAGCCCGCGGUGCUCAAGUGGUCCGUCACCCAGGUGCUGAAUGUCACGGAGCAGCUGGACACGGGGGUACGGUACCUGGACCUGCGGAUCGCCCACAUGCCCGAGGGCUCAGAGAAGAACCUGCACUUUGUUCACAUGCUGUACACGACCCUGCUGGUGGAGGACACGCUCACGGAGAUCUCCGAGUGGCUGGAGAACCACCCCCGGGAGGUGGUCAUCCUGGCCUGCAGGAACUUCGAGGGGAUGACCGAGGACCUGCACGAGUACCUGGUCACCUGCAUCAAGAACAUCUUUGGGGACAUGCUGUGUCCGCGAGGGGAGGUGCCAACACUGCGCCAGCUGUGGGCUCGGGGCCAGCAGGUGCUCCUGUCCUACGAGGACGAGUGCACCGUGGGCCGGCACCCGGAGCUGUGGCCGGGGAUCCCCUACUGGUGGGGCGACCAGGUGAAGCCUGAGAAGCUGAUCCACUACCUGGAGCGCAUGAAGAGCUGCGGCCGCCCAGGCGGGCUGUUCGUGGCCGGCAUCAACCUCACGGAGAACCUGGAGUACAUCCUCGCGCACCCGUCCGAGUCCCUCAAGAAGAUGACGCUGCCCAACCUGCCGCACCUGAGCGAGUGGGUCCGUGAGCAGCGCCCGGGGCCAGGCCCCAGCUGCACCAACAUCAUCGCGGGCGACUUCAUUGGCGCCGACACCUUCGUCAGCGACGUCAUAAGACUCAACCAGAAGCUGCUUGGGUGCUGACCUCCCUCCGUCUCCGCACGUGGGGGGCGCCAGGACUCACCCUUCCUCCCUCUUGGCUGCUUGGGCACGAAAGAAUGGGGGGGGCGUCGCGGGCAGCAUCCCUCAGCCCCCUGGGAGCCCCUGGCUUCACUGGCCUCAGUGUCUGGUGAAUUCAGUGACUAUGCUGAAGAUUAAACGACUACGGGGUCACGUCUUCAAGGAAGGAGUUACCUGGAAUUGUGGGUUCUGUUCUCCAGGUUUGGACCUGCUGUCCGUGGUCACCCACGAGAAGUGCUCAGAGGUGUCCCCUCACCUGGGGGCUUCUGGAGCAGCCGAGUGGCAUCCUGACGCUUCCAGGGGCUGCUGGAGGCCUCGGUGGGAUCAUGCCAGUGGGAUGGGACUGAGCGCAAUGGACUCUCCUGAGCAAAGGACGGGGGGCCCUGGCCGGCGGGCUGAGUGGUUAGAGCGCCAGCCUGCACACCGAAGGGCCGCAGCUUCGGUU